AUGGCGACUUGGGUGUGCUCCCAAGCAGACGACCAGGCCCUUGGAGUCGACGACCAGGCCCUUGGAGUCGGUACAGGAGCACUGGUUUUCACAGUGGCGGACAGCCUGGCCCAUGGAGUGGGCAAUGGAAACACAAAUGCUGGGCGAACACAGCUAGGCACUACAUGGUCCAGACUGGGAGGUGACCUGAUAGCCAGUCUCAUACUGGUCAGUUUGUUCAGUCAGGAUGAGUCAGUCCUGCUGGAUGUGCUGACAACAUGUGCACAGACAGAGAUGAGGAAGGUUGUUGGAGACAAUGCCACGUUACCCUGCCACCAUCAGUUCUGGGUGGGUGAUGACCCCACACUGGACAUUGAGUGGCUUCUUCUUAGGCCAACCAACAGGCAGAGAGUGGUGAUAACGUACUUCGCUGGACGGGUCCUUGACCCUAACGAAGCAGAGCAUGGUCGUGUAGCCUUUGCUGGAGAGUAUUUAAAAGGUGAUGCCUCUCUGCUGAUCAGUGACUUGUCUCUGACAGACUCAGGAGAGUACAGCUGCAAAGUCAAAACUGGUGUGCAAUACCACUGGAGCACCAUCAGACUCAUAGUGCUGGUGAAGCCAUCUAAGCCUCAGUGUUGGAUUGAAGGGAAACUGUUGGAGGGAGGUGAUGUUAAGAUGAGCUGCAAGUCUAGUGAUGGCUCUGAUCCCAUCCACUACAAAUGGGAGAGGGUACUCGACAAGGGAAAAUAUGCUGGCAAGCUGCCUCCACUAGCACUAAUAGAUUUGAAAAACCCAGAGAUUGUGGCAUUGAGGAACCUGACCAAGGACAGCACUGGAGUCUACAAAUGCACAGCCAGCAAUGAUGUGGGAGAAGAGAGCUGCACAGUGGAGGUCAAGAUGCACUAUGUAAGAGGAAUGGGUGUGGUAGCAGGGGCAGUGGUUGGUGUCUCAUUUGGGGUCCUCCUCAUCAUCCUUAUCAUCUGGUUGGUGUUUCGCAAAAAAGAGAAGAAGAAAUAUGAAGAAGAAGAGACCCCAAAUGAAAUUAGGGAGGAUGCAGAGGCUCCCAAAGCCAGACUGGUUAAGCCCAACUCCCUCUACUCAUCCCGCUCUGGCAGCUCCCGUUCAGGUACUUCCUCCACCCAGUCCAUGGUGCACAACAUGGGGCCUCAAGGCCAAAGAGCCUGUUUUCCAGCUGUGGCAGCCCUCAAGAAAAACUGCGAAGCCUCAACCUUCCCUCAGUCUCCAUCUGGCUAUGUUCAGACAGUUCCCAAGACUCCUGAACCACAUUCUACACCAACCUCCAUGUCUACCUCAAACUCCAAGCCCAGCCCUCCUGCUAAACAAAGCCCUCAGAACCUUGCACAGGUUCCCAGGACCACUCCAGUUAUGAUAUCCCCCCAAACCAAUGCCUUCCAGACUGUGUAG